AUGUCGCAUUCACAUGCUGUUUCUGGUGCGUCAGAGAGUGCGUUGCUUCAGCAGGGUAUGAGCCCAACGCUACCCGAUGAGGAUGGGGCUCCGAACUACGGGGCACUGUUCUCGGAACCACUGCGUGUGGAUGAUGAAGCGUCACUUUCGGCACCUACAGUGGCUUUGCUUAAUGGGGUUCCUGACGUACCAGUAAGUGAAGUUCGUGGUCAGGACCCCGUUGCCCCCAGCAGCAUUGUGAAUGAUGGUGUGGAAGCACAGAGUGCGAUGCGUCAGAUUCCUGUUGAUGGAACAGCAUUGCACACGGAGCCGGCCGCCCCGGGCAAUCACCAGUGGCUGCGCGAGAAGGAGGACUUCGACCGGGAUGAGAGACUGAAGACGGAGCAGGCGACCUUGGAAGCUAGGCAGCUACGUGAGCAGCUUGAGAGAUAUGAGAUGAGGGCCCAAUCAGGGCCAGCUGGUCGACCGCGUUUACGGCUCAUGGUCGUCAGUGCUUUGGCGAUGUGGAAUAUAAAGGCGAAGACGCUACAGUUGCAGGAGUUCCUAACCUACCUCGAGGUGAUCGGGCCUCUGCAAGUACUGGUGAUGUUGUUGCCGAAGGUUCUAGCCUACUUCGAGGUGAUCGGGCUUUUGCAAGUAUUGGUGAUGUUGUUGCUGAAGGCUCUAGCGUACCACGGGGUGAUCGGGCCAUUGCGAAUCUUGGGGAUCGUGGUUCAGGAGUUUCUAAUCUACCUCAUGGUGAUCGGGACGCCCUUACCUGGUAUGCUCAGUACUCAGCCGCGCCACCGCUUGCACGAUUACAACUUCGACCGCGACCCAGCCAUGAUCUUCGCGAUCCGCGAGGAGAUAAUCGCUCAUGGGCAGAUGUCGAGCUUGGAUGUGCUGUGCAAGCUGUACUCGGUGUAUCAACCGGGUAAUCUGCAGGAGAAGUCGUUGGUUCUACGGAUGCUGGAGCAGCCUGAGGAGUGCACUACAGCCCUCCAAGCGGUGGAGGGGCUACGUCGAUGGAGCCUGUGGAGACGGAGGGCGGCUUCCUUGGGGAUGGCAGAACCGGAUGCGUCGGUGCUGGUCAGAGGACUGGACAAGAUCACGGCUCCCAUCAUCCAGGGGAGCGGUGAGCUCUCGUUUCGGGUGAGCUUGAUACGGAGCACGUUGCAGGUGGAUGUGAGUCCUUCUUCGUCUACGGUGACUACAUUUCACCAGCACCUCCAGGCUGAGAUGGAGCAACAGGCCAGACUGGGAGUCGCAAAAGGGCGGCGGUCAGGCAAGGACUACAACCUCGCGUACGGAGGCGGCGGGCCCGGGGGAGACGGGGUCUACAUCGCCUACGGCAUCAGCGACGGACUCGCCGACGAGGUCAGUGGUGGACACUGUGAGUCGCUGGGAGCGACUCAUGUUCUACGUGCUCCUUCGGACAAUCAUGAAUGGCUUCAGGCUAAGGACGUGAAGGUGAAGCUGGCAGGAGAUGGUUAUGCGGCCAUGCGGCAAACCUCUGCGGGCACUAUUCUCAAUGAGGACCAGAUGGCACAGGUGAUCGCGCCCCUCGGCAAAGUGAUCUCCACCCUUGGAUACAAACUACAUUGGACCUCUGAGGAGUGCUACCUAUACGCCGAGGACGGGGAGAUUAUCAAGCUUGAAGUGGUUCGAGGAUGUCCUGAAGUGAGCGAGGAGGUUGCCAAGAAGCUGAUAACGCGGUUGGAACAGACCCAGCUUCCAGAACUCAAGGACGCCACUGAGGCGUCGGUCAAGGCGUUGAGCUUUGUGAAGUCCAGCUGGUGGGUUUGUCUCAUGGAGUAUGUUAUGACGGGCAGCAGUGAGGCUGCGAAAAUGGCAAUCAAGAAGGCCCCGUUUUUGCUGUACAAGGAUGUGUUGGUGGAGGGCCUUGCUCUUCAAAGGCCAAGGAAGGGCAUCUGGGAGAUGCUCAAGGCCAUCAAUGUGAACCGGCGAACUCGAAAGCGCCUGAUGAAUUCUUCAUUGUGGGUGGUUCGUUGGGACCCUCCGGCAGUGGAUCGUCCCCGGGAUGCCUUGAAGCAUCUGGGCAUGGCCAAGGAGACCAUGUAUAUCAACUUGAACACCUUGCUGAUGGAGAAUGAGUUUGAGGAUGUUUGGAAGGUUGUGCUUUGGGGAGCAAUGGAAGGAAAAAUCAGCACCGUGGUCGCUAAGGACAGUUUGGGAACUCCGAUGAACCAUGUGGUAGCCGCCCCUCACCGCAGUAAGGUGCAUUAUCUGCAUGCACUGGCAACGGCAGGUCGAACUGCUCAUGGUCAGGGCGCUGUUAGACUGCUGGUGGAGGACCUUGAUCGAGUUCAGCGAGAUCAGCGCGAUGGUGUGGAAAGCAUGUGGCCAGCGUGGUCGAUGUGCAAGGAUGCCAAGGAGUACAUGGUUGAGAUGGGGAUUGUUGAUAUCUCCAUAUCGGAGUUCACGGGCAAGCAGCACCGAACGACUAUGCACCCAAUGGCCUACACGUUAAGUGUGGACGUGGUGGGGCCGCUGAAGGAGUAUGGCAAGUCACCAGACGGGAAGUUCUUCAAGUACUUUGUCAUUGGCGCUCUACGGAUACCUAAGGUUGAAGGCGGUGAUGGACACCCAGAAGUUCACGGGCAUCCUAUUCCUCCAGAUGGUAUUGAUGAAGGAGAGGACGAGAAGAUCCUGUCAGAGGAGGAGCGCGACGAGGAGGAGGCCGUUCCCGAGAGUGACUACUGUGACCCUGCGGAGAUUGAGAAGGAGAAUGAGCGGUGGAAGGAGUUGAAGGCUACGUUUAAGGAGCCCAUUGCCACCACCACCUUGUACUUUGCGGUUCCGGUCAACAACAAGAAGGCUGCCACGAUGCUGCCCGCCGUUCAAAAGAUUGUCUUGGAUGUGAAGGCUCUUGGCUACCCGAUCACAAGGUUGCAUAGUGACCGAGGCGGUGAGUUCAGAGGCCACUUGGUGCGGCGCUGGGCCCUUGCCCAAGGUAUGUGGCCUACUACGACAUCGGGGUCGGAGUCGGCGUCUAAUGGAGUUGCUGAAGCAGGAGUGCGCUACUUGAAGCGCCGAGCUAGAGUACUACUGGAUAGUUCGGGAGUGGGUCGACAACAUUGGCCUACGGCGGUUCAACAUGCAGCAGCUCAACAACGUUGUGAUCAACUUGGAGUUCUACCUGCACUUCCUGUGGCCUAUGGUACCAAGGUGUAUGUGAAGACCAAGAAGUACAAGACUGGUGCGGUUGAAGAUUUUGGACCACACUGGACUGGGGGACGGUAUGUGGGACCGUCCACAGAUAUCCGAGGAGGUCACGUUAUUUUGAAGGACAUGGGGACCUUUGUGCAGACGACCCAUGUGAGGAUUACCAGGGAGCCACCCCCUUUGGACACCAUCGCUCCGACUGUGGUUGUGGAGCCUGAAACCAGUGAGAGUCUGGCCCCUGGAAUGGAAGAACCUCCUUUACCACCACCGGAUGUCCCUCCUCCUGAAAGGAGGCUUCGAGCAAAGACUCCCCGAGCCGCGAAGCUCGACGAGCUUUAUGAGCCUUGCGUUGAGCUGUUUGAGGCCACCCAGGGCAUGAAAGGUUCGUUGGAGGAGGAGUGCGAGUUGAAGUAUCUUCGGUUGGAGGAGAUUGAGUACCUGGAAGGUGUUGCGCGUGGCUUGUAUGAGGACAGAAAGUUCUCUAAGAGUGAUGCUCACAAGUUGCUGAGUUUGUUUGCGGGGACUUGCGGCAACCUGAAGGUUCCACGUGCUCCUGAAGGGCAAGGCUUGGUGCUGGGUGCCUUUGUUCACGGCGGGUCAUUUGGAGUGACUCGGUAUGGACGAGAUCUACCAUGGGUCAUGAAGUACUUCAACAUGUUCCUCUAUGAGAGGAUAAAAGCUCGUUGGCCACAUGUACGUCCUACUUGGACCACUUUAGCCCUUCAAUGUGCAGAGACUGUUCCCCGUCAUCGAGAUGUUCACAAUGAGCGAGCUACGUUCAACUACGUUGUGGAGCUGAAGUCUGAGGAUGAGGGAGGGCUGUGGGUUGAGGAUAAGGGCCUCGAGCGCGGUGUUGUUGGAGGUGAGCGACCGGAAGAUUUUCAGUACCAGGCUGAAGAUGGUGCGGUGUACGAUGGCUGUGUGGUGGAUAUAUCAGAGCAGCCAGCGGCCUUCAACCCCAUGACCCCGCAUGCCUACGUGAUGAUUGAUCACCGACGGUGGUUUCUGAGUGCUUACACUCCACAAUGGUUCUCACGGUUGAGUCUUGGUGAUCAACAAUAUCUACAACAAGCUGGGUUUCCUCUUUGUCAAAAAGAUGAAGAUUGCCACGGAGAGCAGGAAAAAGGUCCUGCACUAAGGGCUGCUGACUUACCUUCCGGGACUACGUCGAGUGGAUCUCAUGUUGACCGGGGAGAUGUGGAAGUGGCUACCGUGGGUGAUUGUGAAGGAAGCUUCAGUGAGUGGGCCAUCUAUGUCGAGGACUAUGUCGAGGAGGAGCUUGAGCCCCGAGGGUGUGAUCAAGUACGGUGUUUGAGGAGGAUUGGUUCUUCCGGUGAUCCUGGUGAUGAACUUUGGUCCUUGAUUGAGGCAUCAGAGUUGUUGUCUGAGGAGGAGGUGGGCCCAGAGGUUGUUGAGAACUUUGGUGACAGGUUGGAGCAUUGGAGCUCUAUCGGAACUUUGGACGUUCCACGACUUGCAAAGGUCGAACCUGAGUACACCCCAGGCAUUGAGGAGAUCAUCAAGAAUGCGGUCGAGCAUCAAAGCCCGUUGCGCCACACCUACAAUGUGAGCCCCCAUGAGGCCAAGGAGGUGAUCGAAAAAUGGCGGUCAGCGAUAGCUAAGGAGGUGGGUGUCGUUGAGAAGGGAUUCAAGAGGAUCCGCGCUGAGGAGGUCACCGAGUUAAAGAAGGAGUUCACUGUGCAGGAGCUCCCUUCCAAGUUGGUGUAUACAGUGAAACCUCCGAGCACAACACCUACUACAACGACAGAUCUUGGAGAUGAAAGUGUGUACUGUCGUCGAAAGGCCAGGGUGGUGUGCUGUGGCAACUUUGCUGACGAGGAGGGCUCCGACCUCUUCGCUGGAGGCAUCGCCGCCGAGAGCAUGAGAUGCAUGUUAGUGUAUACAGCAGACCAGGGCUGGAUGGUUGGAAUAGUCGACGUUACGGACGAGAACGUCUUCUACCUCCACCAGCGGCCCUACAUCGACGAGAUACUACGUCACCACGGGAUAGCGGGGACUACAUUGUCACAAGUGCAAGCACCACGCGACAUGGUGACCUUUGAGGCGUUUGAGGGAGAAACCCCGGGCACCCCCGAGGAGAUCAAAGCCGCGCAGCGGCUAUGCGGCGAGCUACUAUGGUUGGCCCAGCGGUCAAGGCCAGACAUAUGCUACGUUGUCAGUGCUAUGGGUUCCUUGCUUUCCCGUGCGGCUGUUCGAUGUGUUGCUAUUGGCAUGCGACUCUUAGCCUACUUGCAGCAGACCAAGAAUAUGGCCUUGACGAUGAGGGCAACAUCAGGCGAGCUUAUCGCCUACUCUGACAGCUCCUUCGCCCCGCAGGGCAGCCGGAGCUUUACAGGAGUGGUGUUGAGCUGGAAGGGUUCACCAGUUUCAUGGAGGGCGGCCAAGCAGCCGUUCACAUGCCUGAGCACGGCGGAAUGCGAGUUGGUGGCGUCAAUUGAAGCUCUGACUAUGGCAAAGUUUUUGGAGGCGAUUGUCAAUCAGAUAGAGCCACAACCCCGGAUGAUAAUUUUGGGGAUCGAUAACCAGGCUACCAUCGCGAUUGCCCAGCCCUCAACUACGGCUUCUUGGAGGACGAGGCACUUGCGGGUUAGGGCGGCUUACAUCCACGAGCAGGUGGAGUCGAGUCAGGUUCAGAUCCGUUAUGUUCCUGGGAAGCAGCAGUGGGCGGACCUCCUCACGAAAAGUUUCCCACGGCAACGCUUGGUCGAAUUGACUGCGCUAUGGGGUUUUGUGGAUCGCGUUCAUGAAGCUUCGAAAAAGGCAGUGGUGAAGGCUAUGUUGAUGUGUAUGGUGGUCCAGACUACACGUGCUCAGGAGCAACCGGAGCCCCUCGCGAUCAACACCUCCCUCGAGCUCUACGUGAUGAUCUUGGUGAUGGGCAUAGCCAAGGCGGGCAUCUACUUCUAUGUCAUCAUCGUCAGCCCCUCCUUCGGUGUUGAGUUCUCCUAUGCCUAG